CGCUUGCAGCCUGGCACUAGUGACUGGUGGCGUCAGCGAGCGAAACACGAGGACAGCGACGUUCUAAAUUUCAAACGAUUUUCAACUCAACUUUUUGUCAAAUUCCGACCACAAAACAACAUGGAUAAGCUCGAUAUGUCGCUAGAAGACAUUAUUAAGGCGGGGAAGAAGACCCGCGGAGCUGGACGUGGUCGUGGCAGAGGUAGAGGUGCUACGAGAGGCGCUGGUGGGCCCACAAGACGCGGUCGAGGUUUUUCCAGAACUAAUCGUGAUGCUCCAUAUACUAGGUCAAGGCAGCUACCAAAUAAAUGGCAGCACGAUCUCUUCGACGGCAGCGGUGGGGGUGUGACAAGGAGAACCCCAGGUGCCGGAGGUUUGUCUACGGGCACGAAACUUCACAUUUCAAAUCUAGAUUUUGGUGUGUCCGAAUCAGAUAUCCAGGAGUUGUUCAGCGAAUUUGGAAAGAUGAAACGUUCCUGUGUUCAUUAUGAUGCUUCUGGUAGAUCACAUGGAACGGCUGAGGUUGUUUAUCAAAGCAGAGAGGACGCAUUAAGUGCAUUUAAACAAUAUAAUGGUGUACCAUUAGAUGGUCGGCCAAUGAAAAUAGAAAUGAUUGCUGACGGAAAUGUAGCAUCUCAACAACGUGAAUCAUUCAGUACAAGGCGUCAAGGUGGUGGAGGUGGUUUUAGUCGUGGGGGACGUAGAGGUGUGGGUGGUCGUGGAGGGCGACAAGGGUUUGGAAGAGGUAGGAGAGGACGAGGUGGUGGAAACAGGAGAGUGAAUAAAACUGCUGAAGAGUUGGAUGCAGAACUUGAUGAAUAUAACGCUAAGGGUGAUUCAGAUAUGAUGGAAGAGUAAAGAUAACUGAAUAUCAUGGACUAAUACUUCCUAACAAGACACAAACUUAUUGUAAUAUCACAAAAAUUGAACACACAUGGUAGUCAUGCAACCUAUUUUCUGUUCAUUGAAAAAGUCAUGUACUUUACUGCUUCAGGACAGUGACUAGUGCUAUGUUUUGUAAAAGAAAACCUUGGAGAAACUUCUCAAGGAACAAUGCAUAGUUUUUAGCUAGACUUUGAUAUUGUCUUUUUAGAUAUUUCUUAUAAUGUUAUAUGGAAAAAUGUUUUGUAAAUAUGUGGUUUAUGACAGAUAUUUUGUGGCAAUACCA